UCCUUCCUUGUUUCAAAAAUACCUGAGUUAAGACAGAAGAUCUGUGAACUGUGUUCUCCUAAGAAAUCAUUUACAAUGGAGAUCCUUCUUUCUUUCUCUGUUUUGUCCUUUGGUGUCUUCAUUCUACCAGUGGGCUCUGACCAACCUGUUGACCCCAUUUUUUUGCCAAUAACGGUGACUGGAUGUACUUAUAGGUUUGAAUUACUAGAGAUACAUAAUUCUUCCGAAAUAAAUGAAAAUGCAAAAUACAGUACAAAGGAAAACGAAACAGCUAGAAGUGAAGACCCCUUUACUCCUGCUAAGCGACGGGAAGCCUGUAUGAGUCUUAGGGGUCAAUGUAAAAAUGAAUGUGGUGAAAAGGAAAUUCAGCUGUCACACUGUGCAGUACCGCACACUCCUUGCUGCUUGAAAGAAUGUGACCCCAUCGAGUAACUGAAGAGAUCCAUUCACAAAAAAGACCAACAAGAGGCACCUGCGUGGCUCUAUCAGUUGAGCAUCCAACUUCAGCUCAGGUCCUGAUUACACAGUUAGUCGGGUCCUUUGCUGAUAUCUCAGAGCCUGGAGCCUGCUUUGGAUUCUGUGUCUUUCUCUCUCUCUGCCCCUUCCUCACUCACACCCUG